AAUUGAGAACUCCCGUUCACGGAAUUUUGGCUAGCACGGAAAUUUUUCUCUCUUCUCCUCUAACUUCUGCCCAACGAGCUUUAAUAUCUGCUAUCCAAAAUUCUGGUAUUAAUGUCAUUCAUAUGGCUGAUCAUAUUUUACGUGUCGCCAAAUCUGAUGACCUCAAUGUCAUGAGAGGAAUUAUCCAUGAAACUAUGCCUUUUGAUUUAUAUAAAGCAACUGAACAAAUUACUGAUGGAAUGGAGCUCCUAUUUGAAACUAAAGAUAUAACUUUUGAAUUUGAAUAUAGAAUACCAUUACAACAGUCUAUGUUUAUUGGUGAUGUCGGUGCAAUUAAACAAAUCAUUAUUAACUUAUUGGGAACUGUGUUGAGUCUUGGUCGCCUUGCACAAAUUACGCUCAAUGUCGAUAGUCGUCUUAAAGAUUCCAUUGAGAAAAUUUUUACCGUAGAAUUUGAUAUAAUGGCUGAAUAUAAAUUUCUAGUUCAAGGUGAAAGUUCUACCCAGCUUGAUAAUUUGCUUUCUAAUUAUUAUAAUAGCUUCAUCGAAACACUUGUUGACACGCUUGGUGGCUCUUUCACGUUUAAUGGGUCGGGUGAUUUUAGAACUCCCUUUGUGAUUCAACUCGACUUACCUUUAGCUGAAGAUACCAAUCCUAAUAUGAAUACGAAACCAAUCCCUCUUCGUUAUUUCAUAAAGGAAUUUGAAGACAUUGAUCCAAGAAAUUUGCUUAGAAUCGGUAUUGUUCGAGCACAUGACAGUAUUGUUACACGGAUGGCUCUAGCUUUUCUCCAUGAAUUUGAAAUGCAAUCAUUAAAAAUCAUUACUCCUAAUGAUAUUCCUUCAUGUGAUAUUAACGUUCUUAUUUUUGAUUCAACCGAAACUACCAAUGAAGUUAAUGAGACUAUAUGUAAAAAUGCUCGGGAGGCUCACGUCUUAAUUAUUAGUAUUACAUUUCUUUUAAAGCACUUAACUAUCUGUGAUACGGCGCAAAAAGUGGGAUUAGAUGAUGGUGAGGUUUACUUUGUCGCCAAGCCUUUGACCAAUGUGAAAUUUUGGAACGUACUAUUUUCUGUGGCUGAUGUUAUAAAGAAAAGAACUCGUAAUAUCGAAAGUGCAACAGAUUCUGAGCAAGAUUAUCAAGGUUCUCAUCAAGGUGAAACGAGUGAAAUAUCAGGAACUAGUGAGGAAUUAAAUUUCUCUCUGGAUUAA